UGGAGAUUUUAUCAACUUGAUUAAUAAAAGAAUUGAAAAGAUUAAUUUGUCAUUUUAUUAAGCAAUAUUAAGGGUGGGCCUAGCAACCCCUGAGAUAAUUACGGCAAUCUUUUGUUUGUAAAAAAAGAAGGUGGUAAUCUUUAUUAGGUUAUUAUCCAUUAAAAUGAGCGUAUAAUUGACGCUGUCGCCGGCAGGAGCUGCAAGCUAAGGCGAAAGAGAACAACCGCCGCAUGCGCCAUGGCCGACGACAGAUCCACCACCAAAGCCGAGCAGGAUCGCAAUAAAGAGGAAUCAGAAAUGGAAUGGGAUCGAGUUUGCGUUAGUAAUUCAAAAGCUUUUCUAGAAACGCCUACGUUGCGCAAAAGUUUCUCAGAAAGGCAUAGCAGCGCAAAGAUAAGUGAUGAAGCAGAGGAAGGCACAAAAGUUAGUGGGACCAUCAGCCCAACAGCCAAAGUAAAAGAUUUGAGGUAUAGAUACAUGCAUUGGAAGAUGGAAAUGGCUCGAAACCUUAACACUAACCAAUGUUAUCUAAUCAAAUUCUACAUACUUACAAGUUAUUAAUUAACUGUGACAUACUACUAUCAACACAUAUAGGAAUUAUAGGGUUUUUGUUGCAACAUGGAAUUUGGGUGGAAAGACUCCCAAUCAUGGACUCAACCUGGAAGAUUUUUUGCAAGUGGAAGACGCCCCCGACAUUUAUGUCCUCGGGUAUGCAUGUGUUUUGUAUGUGUGUUUUGUCUAUGCACACAAUAUACACACACACAUAUUCAGGUCUAGCCGUUCGUGACUGGAGCACCGUCCGGCAUCCGCGUUUUGUGAAUGUUCCUCAUCAAGUCUAGUUUGUACAUAUCAAAUUUCAGAUAAAAAUUCAAUCGGGAAGGCAGUCAAAUGAUUUUUGGAAGAUAACUGCUUUUUAUGUGUACAGUUUUGGCGCAGUUAUCUUCCAAAAAUCAUUUGACUGUCUUCCCAAUUCAAUUUUUAGCUUAAAUUUGGUAUGGAUAAACUACACUUGAUGAGGAACGUACACAAAAAAUUUCAGCAAAAAAUAAUACAGGGAAUCGCCCAAAAACCCGGAGGCCGGACAGCGCUCCGAUCAGGAAUGGCCGGACCUGAAGACAAUAUAUAUUUAAUAGUCCCAAAUAAAACUAAACUAAUCCCUAAAUGCACAAAUAGGACUAUUUAGUUAUCUUCCCAAAAAAGGCUAAAGUAUAUCCUAUCUACCUAUUAUACCCUUACCAUAACAUAAUAGGAUAAUCAUAUUUUAAUUUGUAUUAAACACAAAAAACAAUAAAAAAUAAUUUAACUCAUACAAAAAAUCGUAAAAAUUAUAAAAAAUACUAAAAUAAUUAAAUUAAAAACAUUAUUUUAAAAAAUAAAAAACUCUAAAAAUAAAUAAAAAAAAUAGAUAAAACACUUUAAAAAAUAUUAAAAAAUAUGGAGGGCUCUCCCACAGUUUCAACUACUGCCCAGCCAAGUUACAUCUGAUAGGCUAAAAAAUAUCAUUUUGUUUCAAAACUGCCAUUUUUCUCUGAAAAUGCCAUUAAGAUGAUAUUUUACUCGUUGAAAAUGUCAACGUUUUCCCAAAAACUGCCAUCAAUAUGACAUUUUAGAAAAAUGUUGGCAUUUUUUUUUGUGGUCGGAGCUAGAGGUGUUGGGAGGUUGCUAAGGUGGCAGCAUAAUCCGGCAUAUUUUUUAAAGUUUUUUAUUUUUUUAAUUAAUUUUAUUCAAUAAUUAUUUCGUGUUUUAAUAUUAUUCACAUUUUAUUAUAAAUAAAAUUAUAAUAUUACUUUUAUAUUUUUAUUAUAAAUGAAAUAUGAAUUGUAUUAAAACAAAGCAAGGGUAGUAUUGGAAACUUAGUCCUGUUUAGGGAAUUUUUAAGUUAUGGUCAUAUUUUGGCAAUUAAAGUUUGAUUUAGUCCCUUUUGAGGAAUUAUCCUUGUAUAUACAUACACACACAUGUAUAUAUGUAUAUACAUAGAGUAAUCAUCCGGUCCCUC